GUGAUACGGCAGCUUCGUCUGUCGUCUGGUGUCGUCGUCACAGUCGCGUUACGAUCGCGUACACGCACGUGCUCGAAUAAACAGGUUUGCGUUAAAAACACCGCCAACGAAAGUUGUCGACCGUCCAACCUUCGACGAGCGGCUUCACGUAGCGUUUCGCUGACGAGAGGACGCGAGACGUCGGUCUCAGAUCUUGGAAUCGUCCGUUUGAAAUGGCAACAAAAAAGUAUGAUGACGGAGUGAGUGAUGAUACCAGUGGGAGUGACUUUGACGAUGAAGAGGAUCCCGAUAAAAUUGAAGUACCUGGUGGCGGUAAAGAUCUGGCGACUGCCGCUGGAAUUGGAAGUAUCAAAGAUGAGAAGCCUGUAGACUUGCCAGAGAAUUCUUUGGAAAAAACACAAGGAGCGUUAAACGAAUUAAAUCAAAAAUUUGGUAAUAAAAUUCCUGGAGGUUUAGUGACAAAA